AGUUUGAUGUAAAAAAAAAAUCUGAUUUCAAAUACAAAUCUUAUUUCUAACCUUGUCAAUGUCUUGACUCUAUUUUCUAUUCAUUUCACAACGUAUGGUGGUGAAUAAGUGACUUUUCAGGAAAACACAAAAUUGUUUGGGUGACCCCAAACUUUUGAACGAUAGUGUAUAUUUUUGUUAAACCGUCGAUGAGGCUGAUAACGGAAACUACCUCUACCAACCAUAGACGGUUAAAGAAGCGCUCAGUGAACAGCUGUGAACAGUAGCAAAUACCCUACAAGAACCAUCCAAUUCUUUUCAACAGCUAUUUUUGGUACAAUAGAUAGAGCACCGAGUCGUAGCACUACGUGGUGAGAGUCGUUCUUGCCUACCCUAGAUCCGCUCUCUUUUGCUAAACGUAGAUAGAAAGACAUGAGAACAAGAGAUGUGAUGGAUCUUAGAUGUGUUUGGGAAAAUUAAAAUGGGCCAAACUCAAACGCAGCGGCAUUUGGAUGCACUUCACAAUAAAGGUAACAAUAAAGCGGAGUGUAAUAUUUGCAGAUCAAACUUAUCAUAUAAAGCAGGGUCAACAAACAAUCUUCGCCGCCACUUAAAUUCACAUCAUCCAUGGGUGCAAGUAGCCGAGGAUGUGAGACAACGACGAAGUCACAACGAUAGUGAUGACCAAGAUAACGCCGCAUCAGCUGGUUGCAGUCAAGCAGCACCCAUCACCACCCUACUCAUCACAGAGCUCAAAUGCUAACGUGGAAGUGACUCUGGAGGACUCUGACACCCACACCACCGUGAUGGAUGCUGAUAAUAGUUCUGCCAUUAAUGGCAUCCUGGAUGCUGCACAAGGAUGUCUAGCACAACAAAUGACACAUGAAGAGGAGAGUGAUGACCGCUCUGUGAAAUGUAGACAGAAAAAACGCAGCUUGGUUUGGAAGCACUACGAGUACCUGGACAGUUUGGCUGCUGCUCGUUGCCGCAUUUGCAUGAAGAAGUUACAGUGCUCUAAAGGCAGCAGCACCAGCAACCUGCAUCGCCACUUGUCAAAUAGACACCCAGGGGUCUUUUCUCAGCUGGUAGCAGUCAAACAGCACCCAUCACCACCCCACUCAUCGCAGGGCUCAAGUGCUAACAGUGACACAUCAACACCACCCGAAACUGUUGGGGCGCCAAAGAAGCAGAGACAGUUUUCUGUGGAAGUGACUCUGGAGGACUCUGACAUCCAUACUACAGUGAAUGAUGCUGAUAUUAAUUCUGCCAUUAAUGGCAUCCUGGAAGCUGCACAAGGAAGUCUAGCAGAACAAAUAACACAUGAAGAGGAAAGUGAUGACCGCUCUGUAAAACGGAAACGGAAUAAACGCAGCUUGGUUUGGAGGCACUACGAGUACCUGGACAGUUUGGCUGCUGCUCGUUGCCGCAUUUGCAUGAAGAAGUUACAGUGCUCUGAAGGCAGCAGCACCGGCAACCUGCAUCGCCACUUGUCAAAUAGACACCCAGGGGUCUUUUCUCAGCUUGUAGCAGACAAGCAGCACCCAUCACCACCCCACUCAUCACAGAGCUCAAAUGCUAACGUGGAAGUGACUCUGGAGGACUCUGACACCCACACCACCGUGAUGGAUGCUGAUAAUAGUUCUGCCAUUAAUGGCAUCCUGGAAGCUGCACAAGGAUGUCUAGCACAACAAAUGACACAUGAAGAGGAGAGUGAUGACCGCUCUGUAAAACAGAGACGGAAUAAACACAGCUUGGUUUGGAAGCACUACGAGUACCUGGACAGUUUGGCUGCUGCUCGCUGCCGCAUUUGCAUGAAGAAGUUACAGUGCUCUAAAGGCAGCAGCACCAGCAACCUGCAUCGCCACUUGUCAAAUAGACACCCGGGGGUCUUUUCUCAGCUGGUAGCAGUCAAACAGCACCCAUCAAAACCCCACUCAUCGCAGGGCUCAAGUGCUAACAGUGACACAUCAACACCACCCGAAACUGUUGGGGCGCCAAAGAAGCAGAGACAGUUUUCUGGCAAAUUGAAAGUUUCAAGAGCUUCUGGAGGAAAAACAAGUGUGUUAAGGAGAGAGCGGGAGCUGAUAGAAGCUCUGAGGAGAGUGCAGAAGGAGGAAGCUCGGGCUGUGGAGCAUCAGCGGGAGCUGCUCGAGAAUCUGCGUGCAGUGAAUGCCAGGGAGGCAGCUGCAGAGAGGCAGCAGAUUGAGUCACUGAGGAAAGCACAGCUAGAGGAAGCCAAAGACUUGAGUAGACAAAGAGAAGAGGUCCAGAAGGAAAAGACACAGCUGCAGAAGAAGUGGGAAGAGCUUCAGCAGGAAAGAGAAGAACUUGUCUUGUUGUUGUCCAGGGAACAGCAAGCCUCCUGAUCAUGUCCUGACAUCAAUGAUUUCAAAUUGUCUAUAAAUGCUUUUGGACAAAUUCAAACAUGAUGAUGUAGAAAUCUAAACUCCCCUUUUAGUCAAAUAUAUUUGGCAAAUAAUCAAUGGACAGUAGUUUUUUUGUCACAGCUGCGUUGCACUGCUUCUUUCUUCCUCUUCUGCCCACUCUGGUCCUGUCUCAUUGUGUGAUGUCCUGAUAUCACUCUGGUGUCAAAUGAAUAGACAUCCAGGACAAACCUCUCCCACCACCACCACCUCAACCUGCAGCCCCGCACUCACUCAUGGCUGCAACAAACAAUUUUCAAAUAAACAUAGUAGUCAGACUGGCCAUGAAAAUGUAUGUGUUGCUGCUCACUCAAGUCUGCAGACAGGGUCAGUUGCAAAAUAUAUACAUUUGCCAAUGAAAUUGGAAUGUUGUCAGGAAAAAAACUGACACAUCAGAGAUUUCCUUUUGAUGUGAUGAGUUUUGGAGGUGUGUUGGUUGUUGUGUGUUUGUUUUCGGGCCCCCUCUGAAAAGCUUUUAGUAACUUAUUUGGGGUUCCCAUUUCAUGCGUCCUGUAUAUGAUUGUUGUGCCUCAUG